CUCAACGAUCUGACACGUUUAAAUAGAUAAAAGCCUUUUCGUCUUCUCUGGCAGCAAAAACGGACAUCGGCGCAUUUGUGCAACAUGUUCACGUUGUUUAAAAUGACAAACAUCUGUCAGGAAGCGUAAUGUGGGCCGGAGUGACGUCACGCAUACGUCAGCGCGUGAGAAAGGCGCCAAUUCCGCUGUUUCAUGGCCGAGUUUCGUUCCUGUAGCCAAGUGUCAUGGCGUGCAAGAGAGGAGCUCUUAUUGUUCUGGAGGGUGUCGACAAGGCCGGGAAGACGACGCAGUGCAGCCAGCUCGUCCGGACCCUGCAGCAGAAAGGACACCCGGCGGAGAUGAUGCGGUUCCCCGACAGGACAACGACCAUCGGGCAACUGAUCAGCGCUUACUUGGAGAAGAGGAGCGACCUGGAGGACCACACAGUCCACCUACUGUUCUCGGCGAACCGAUGGGAAAUGGUACCUCUGAUGAAGAAGAAACUAGAACAAGGCAUCACUCUGGUUGUGGAUCGCUACGCUUUCUCAGGAGUCGCCUUCACCGGGGCUAAACCUGGUUUCUCUCUGGAGUGGUGCAUGAACCCCGACGUGGGUCUUCCAAAGCCGGAUCUUGUCAUGUUUCUGCAGCUCAGUCCUGCCGCUGCGGCGCAGCGAGGGCAGUUUGGCGAGGAGCGUUAUGAAACUGGUGGCUUUCAGCGGGCCGUUCAACAGAGGUUCGAGCAGCUUAUGAAAGAUAAAACGGUCAACUGGCAGGUCAUCGAUGCUUCGCAGAGUGUUCAGGAAGUGCACGAGGACAUUACAACAAAGAGCUUGAACAUCAUGAACUCCAUUGACAACCAGCCACUGGGGGAACUCUGGAAGUGAACUGGUGUACAUGAACUGUUUUACAAACUUGAUUUUAAAGGUCACAUUGAAAUUAUUAAAUAGAUUCUUUUA